UCGCUUUAUAAAUCAAUCAAUCUCAAUCCCCGACCGCUUGCGCAGACCUACAGUACUUGAUGUUCAGAAUACUCAAUGGAGCAUCCUAGAUCUGCAGAGAUCCUCCCUAGCUAAUAAUCGAUUGACGGAAGCAGAGGAAGGAUCGAGUGGACAGGAUCCAAAACCACUUUUUUCUUUCCUGCUUGGGACUUGGGAGACGCCGCUAUGGCUGGAAAAUUGGAGGAUGGAUGGUCCUUGUCCUCUUCGUCAUCUAAGCGGCGGCGGCGGCGGUCCAACAACGACGACGACGACUGCGGGAUGGUGUGUAGCUGCUGCGGACAACGGGUGAAGCAGCACCUGUAUCUGGCGCUGGAUGACUGGAAUGGCGGAUACAGCAUUCACAAGCUUCGCCACUGCUGGUGGUUCACGAAGACGAGUGCACAAACUCCCAGAGCCAGCAGCCGUCCGGAUAGCUUCGCCACUAGCGCGUGGCCCCAUGGAGUUCGCCGCCGUGGGCACCAGCAUCUUCGUCUCCACCAACCCGCCCCACCCCCGACAUUGGUCUACGACACCAUGACAUCCGCGCUCACCGUCGGCCCGCGCGUCCCGCCCAUGCUCCAUUGCUUGAGCGACGCCAUGGCUGUCGGCGACACGCUGUACGCCUUGACAACAUCGGUUCCCCUCCCUGAGUCUGAGUCGCACUCGUCGCUGCAGGCCCUGUCGUGGGCCGCCGUUCCGGAUCCGCCUCAGCCAUGGGAUCCCGACAUGGAGUGGUGCUGGAGAACGGUGCCCUCGCUGCUGCCGCCCCCGUACGACGGAAUAAACAUCGUCGCCUACGCGCUGCACCCGGACGGGCGCACCAUCUUCAUGUCCACAGACCACAGGAUCCAGCACCCACUCCCUGGACACCAGCAGUGGCUUAGCUUGUGGAAGGACCUUGGGGAUUGGGUGCUGCCCUUCAGAGGCCAAGCCUACUUCGACGCCGACCUGGACUAUGGAUACAUUUGCUACUGCCCAGUUGCGUCCCGCAGCAGCAGCACUGCCCGGCCGCCGGAGUGCAUGGUGCUCACGGAGAAGCUGUUCCGGCGCAAGGAGGAGGACCCAAAGUACUGGCCCUUGUUGAGGGGCACGGAAAUUUCUCUAACCUACAUGGGCAACAGCAGAUUCGCCCUCGUCGAGAACGUCCUGCGUGCUGAGGAUUUCAAACGUGGUUCCGUGCUGCAUGUCACCGUGUUGAGCCUCAAGUAUGAUCAUGAUCGUCGCCACAAUCACAAGGGAGAGCUGCGGUGUAAGGUAGCUCGACAUGCCACUAGAUCAUAUCAGGUGUCCAAGAAUACCCCCAUGUUUUCUCACGCAGCAUUCUGGAUGUAACCAUAUAGAAUAAUCGAUAGUCAAGUCGA